ACUGCCUCCGUCGAGAGCUAUGAUGUUCGCAAGUGACUUUGGAAGGUCCUCUCAGCCGUGGACAGCAGUCUUCUGCAACUGCAGUAUGUCGGCGUAGUCUCAAGGUCCUGACUUACCCAGAGUAAGAUCGCACGCCUGACACUUUCUCACAAAUCCCACUCUCUACUUCCUUGUAUCGUACUUGGUAUCCGUUGCCUUGGACUGCGGUCAAAUCUUGCGGUGGGGUGAUGAAUUGGGCCAGUACCGCAGGCGCACAUGCUACGGCUGCUAUGAGCAGGGUCGUUGCCUGCAUGGCUGGGUACUUUCUCAUGUCAGCUUUCCUAGUGAUCUCGAAUGCGUCCUUUCGCUAGUUAUGCAGUCACAAUGUGCAGCAACACAUCAUGGCCGACGUUCACCAAGUCUUCUGCCGCGCUUUUGCUACGUUCGAGGAUCAUCUCCGUCGAGGACAGGCUGACACUGGCCAUCAUUUGUUCGCUUCUCAGUAGUGCUGAAGCUAGGCAGGCUGCCCUCUCGUUCUCCUCUGCAAAUUGGCUAUGCAGCUCUUCAGGCACGGCAUUGGAUAGAGUAUCUGUCUUGGGCAUUCACGCAUUCUCGUCUUUAGCACAGCGUCCAGGUGUGCUGAGAGAUGCUAGCUUCAUUGACAGAGACUGGGAUGGCUUCGAGAUCGGAGGAGGGAAAGAGCCUCCAUUUGAGCCAAACUCAAAUCGAAGGCAAAGCACGCUGUACAUCGUUGAGCGAGAUCUGCACCUGCAUCGUGGCGUGGCGCACGUAGCCGCAUGGGCCUACGACGUCGAGAAAUACUAUGUACCUAAGCAUGACGACAUUGAAGACCCUGGCAGCGUGCGACCGGUGCGGUGCGGUGCGGUGCGGUGCGGUGCGGUGCGGUGCGGUGACGGUGACGGUGACGGUGACCGUGUAAGGACCAGGCCGUCACAAUGGCUGACAGACGUGACGGACGGACAGUUCUGCUCUGCUCGGAGGAAGCGCAUUUCUAAGCUGUGUCUGCGAAUUCACGCUGUGGGCUGGGCUGGGCUGGGCUCAAAACGGAUAGAGAAGCGAGGGAAGGUAAGGCACCCCCGCUCGCAGCGUGGCCAGCGCUUAAGUCCGCACGCAGCGCUGCGACAUCGCCCUAUUGCAGAGCUGAGAACAGCAUGGCGACGCAGGCCUCCUCCUAUCGCGGACGCCUGUGUUGAUGUUGAUUACGACUCCUCCACUGUAUCAUUGGGCUUGCGGUCAUCGGCCGCCGCACCGCACCGCACCUCAAGCGCGAAGAAUGGCAUGGCAUGGCAUGCAGCGCAGCACUACACAUCGCUCAGCUGCGACUUCCACUUUUCUGCUAUCCUCCACUCGCACCUUCUGCACGUCUGUCGCUCUGCCAGGGCUCGGACGAAGCAGAGCCCGCCCGCGGUGCGCUCGCUUGACCUGGUUGCAUUGCCACUGCCUCUGCCUCUGCCACUGCCACUGCCUCUGCCACUGCCACCGGGAUCCACUACUUGGACUUGGACUUGGCUGAAUCCUCUGCCACUCUCCCUCUUCAAGCCCUUCCCUGGCGCUGCACUGCCGUUACAUCGACCCAGACACCGACCAACCGCCAAGCGACAUUCUGAGAACGCCACUCCCACAGCCCGUCCUGAACCUGACUGUGUCUCCUACAUCCUCCUACUUCUGCACCCCUCCCGGCCACAUAUCCCGCGAGACGGCGUUCAAUGCCUGGAGCUCACUACUGCUGGUAGCUGGACUACACUGUCACCCCAUGCGUCGCCUGAAGAAUACGACGAGCAUCUGAGCGAUGCAGAGUCUGGCGAAGAGGAGCAUCAGCAGGAAAUCAAGACGGAGUCCGCCCAGGGCUCUCCUUCAUCGGGUCCAGCUGGCAAAAAUGCGCCACCGGUCAAGGCACCUGGUCCGCGGAAGAAAAUCAAGUGCGAUGGAAAGCAGCCAUGUACUCAUUGCACAGUGUAUAGCUAUGGUAGGUCUGCCAUGAAUUCAGCCCACUUUUACUGCACCUACGAUCAACCGUCCAAUCGACGAAGGAAUCCCGCGCCGCAGUAUGUGGAGAAUCUUGAACAUCGAGUGCAUCGUGCCGAGACACUACUUCACAUUCUCAUACCCAAUCUUGACCUGAACGAUCCUGGCAUUGAUGCCGCCGUCGCCCAGGGCUGGAUUCCUGGAGCACCAGGCAAAGGCAAUGCGGCUGCUGCUGCCGCGGAAUCUCGUCCCGCUCGUCCACCUCCCGCACCAGUGGCCGACAAAAGAUCAGACACCAAUCUAGAGUCCAUGGUCCGCGCCGUGGCUCAGCUCGACAUGGAUGAGACUGGUCACUGGGACUACCACGGCCACUCAUCAGGACUCAGCUUUGUGAGAAGAAUGCGUGAGCAGCUGGGCGAUCUCAUGGGGCCUGACACCAUGGCGACGCCGUUUGUGAAAACAAGGCCCAUGUCGCAAUUGCUCGACUCGCCCAGAUCAGCCGCUGAAUCGCCGCUCGGCGAGAUGUCUCCUGUUAGCACAGAUCUUCCACCGAGAGACACGGCUCGACAGCUCUGCAUGUAUGCCCUGAAUGAUGCCGCUGCGCUUUUGCGUAUGGUGCAUCAGCCUUCGUUUUGGGAAAGCUUCGACAGCAUAUACAGCAAGCCUCCCGAUCAUUACAAUAACGAGGACCAGAAAUUUCUCCCCUUGUUCUACAGCGCUGUUGCACUCGGCAGCCUGUUUGGCAAAGACGACGAAAGUAGCAUAGACCGCGAUGGCUACGAAAGCGCUAUUCAACAGGGCUUCACAUAUUUCAAGACCGCUCGCCAGUUGAUGGACAUUGCUGAUUGUCGAGAUCUCUCUUCCAUCCAAGCAGUCGUCUUCAUGAUUCUGUUCCUUCAAUCGUCAGCAAAGAUGUCGCAAUGCUAUGCUUACGUUGGCGUGGCUCUGAGAUCAGCCUUGAGGAUGGGUUUGCAUCGUGCUGCCGCCGGACGCUUCGACCCCAUCGAGGCGGAAAGCAGAAAGAGAGUGUUCUGGGUCGUGCGCAAAAUGGAUACCUACGUUGGUGCUAUGCUGGGGCUUCCACAGACACUCAGUGACGACGACAUUGAUCAGGAACUUCCAACCGAAGUUGACGACGAGUAUGUCACCAAGGAUGGUAUCUUGGCAAUGCCGGAAGGUGUGGUCUCUUUGACCACUGCCUUCAAUGCUCACACACGCCUGGUGUUGAUACUCCAAAAAAUCGUGCGCGUGAUUUAUCCGAUCAAGGUACAGAGUGCAGAGAGCUCCGCCGACAAGUCGUACUCAAUACCAUUCUCGACAAUCCGUGAGAUCGAGGGUGAACUCGAAGAUUGGAAGAACAGCCUACCGCCAAUUUUGACACCAUGCGACGCGCCUCCUAGGUAUGCGCGAGUUCAACAGCUGCUGCGACUGUCGUAUGCGCACGCGCAAGUCCUUCUCUACCGACCAUUCCUUCAUUUCGUGGCAAUGGAGAAACGCUCGAAACCGGUCGAUCAACGCGCAUACGCAUGCGCCGCUUCGUUUGUGAACGUAUCACGCAAUAUCAUCCACAUUGCGUCGCAGAUGAAACAGAGAGGCUUGCUCAAUGGUGCCUUCUGGUUCAUCAUGUAUACAACCUUCUUUUCCAUUCUCGCGCUUGUGUAUUUCGCCGCUGAGAAUCCCGACAACGCUACCACAGAAGCUGUGAUGAAGGAUGCAAUCGAAGGCAGAGACGUCUUGGCUUCAUUGGCAUCACGUAGCAUGGCUGCUGACAGAUGCACAGCCACAUUGAAUAUCGUGUUUCAAAGGUUACCAGCCUGGAUGCGAGAGGGUCGGCAGAACCCAGGCAUUACCAAGAAGAGGACAUUCGAUGAAGGGCCACAUCAACAAUUUGCAAGUGCGCAAGCUUCGAGAAGUCACCCCGACAUCUCCACGACCGCGCAGGACAUCCCGGGUGCCAAGCGGGCCAGUACGUUUCCAAAAAUGCCAAAUGGCAAUGCAUCGGCAACCGCCUCGCCCUUUGAAGGCUGCUGGUCUCAGUCCGACGCUUCCUCCUAUGGUCCACAGACACCUACCAGCGGAGCUUAUGACUCGAGCGCCUUCUCUGCCGUACAAAAACGAAGUCUCUCACAGCCGAUGGCGACUGGGAUGCAGCAAUACUCAGUUCCACCUAACUUUGCGAAUGCGGCCUUGACAGACCUUUCAACGAUGAUGUUUCCUGCGGCCGAUGAGCCCUUUGUCUACCCGAAUCAACCGCUGACAACCUUUGAGAACAAUCACCAAUACGGCAAGCAGCAGCCAUUUGGAGGCCAGCAGAAUUACGGCGGCAUAGACCACUCCAGCCCUGCUGGUUCGGCAGGUAGGGGUGGUGACGAGAAUAUUGAGGCUCAAUUUUUCACGCUCCCGCCGUAUAUCGAACAGCGCCAACAGCAGCCUCAGCAAAGCCACCCACAGAUGUUCCAGCGAAGCAUGGGAUAUCCUCAGCACAUGGCAUACAGCAACGGACAGCCCGAUAGCUCUGCACCAGCGAUACAAAUGCCUCCACAGGAGCACUGGCCGGGCCAACAAGCGUUUCAGCAGAAUCUUUCCAACAUCGACAUUCACGGCCUGUUCGGCGGGGCUGAAUGGAACCCGAUGAAUAUGAUGCAUUCAGGAUAUCAAAAUCAUCAGUAGGGUUUGCGCGUUAUUGCGCAUGGAACUAACUGGGUGGGAAGAAGGUGUUUCCAGUUUCAAGCAUGGCUUUGGUGUUCCGGGAAAGAGGCAGGCUUGCACAUUGCUCGGUUAUGAUAUAAAGUGAUACCCACGUUUCCUGUACUGCGUUCGCACGGACAUAGAUGGCAGAUUUGUUGUGAUAGCUGUGCGCUGGCGGUCCUGUAGCAUGAUGAAACGAUAUAAAG